UAUUGAACUUACGCGAAUGUAAUCAAGCUAUUAAAGUAGACACAAAAAAAAACAAAAAUUAUUAGAGAAUUUAUAAAAAUGUGUGAACGAAUAAUAGCAAUCGAUAACAAGAAGAAACUCCAUUAUCACGAUGCUAUUCGUGAAUUCAGAAUAGAAGACAAUAUUCUAAUAGGCAAAGAAAUACCAAUAAAUAGAGAACCUAUUAACAUAGCCGAGGUGCUACUUAAGACGUUGAAAAGCAAACCAAAUUGCAUUGGCCAGGUGGACGCUUUUACGGGUAAACAGGACACUUAUGCCGACAUGAGUGAGCGCAGUAUUAAAUGCGCCCUCUGGCUAAAGAAGCAAGGCGUUAAACCCGGCGAUAUAAUCGGUCUUUGCUGUGACAAUGACAUGGACGCAAUCACAAUUAUGUUGGGCACUAUGUACCUAGGUGCUAUAUCUAAUCCAUGGGACUACGAGUUGUCUCCAAUGACAGCACGAUACUUUCUCUCGUUAACAUCACCAAAAAUAGUUUUUGCGACACCGUCAUCGGUCCCGAGCUUGGAGGAAGCAACGAAAGAGUUGAAAAUAAAUAUAAAAAUAAUAGUUUUCGAAAAAUUGGACGGAUACAAAUCCGUGAAAGAUAUCUUAAGAGGUCACGACACCAGCGAGGUCACCGAAUUUAAAUGUGCCAAGAUCAGUAAUCCGGACGACGUUGCUCUCAUCGUUCUUUCAUCAGGUACUACGGGCAUGCCGAAGGGUACCGAGAUAUCGCAUUCAUCUUUAUAUAAUUGCCUGCUACCCGAGAAAGUCACGGAACUAGAAGGUCACACGUGUAUGUGGUCGCCCACGUUGCGCUGGCAUUACGGGGUCCAGCUGGCAUUUCAAGCCAUCUUAGCGUAUUCGACGAAAAUUCUUUCACCCAGCAGCGUGAUAAUUAAUAACGAUGACGAGACAAUGUGCAGAUUUAUCGAAAAAUAUCAAGUAACAUGGUUUAGCACCGAACCAGGCAUGCUAAUCCGAUUUUGUAAGAGCGGCAUAUUAGAGAAAUAUAAAUUAUCGACCUUGAAGGAGGUGAUGAGUACCGGUGAUCACUUCAAAAAAGAGCAUCAUCUAGCAGUAGCAAAGAAAUUACCUCACGCUUUUGUUAUGAAUAGCUAUGGAUCAACGGACUCAGCAGCUGAUGUAACCGUUAUGACCAGAGGCUGCAAACCAGGAUCUGUUGGUUUUGUAGUACCCAAUGUCCGAAUAAAAGUGACGGAUGUAGAAACUGGGAAAACUUUGGGAGUUAAUCAAAAUGGAGAACUACGUUUGAAACUGCCCACCGUAAUGAAUGGUUAUUACAAGAGACCUGAAGAGACUAAACGAGCUUUCGAUUCUGACGGUUGGUUACUUACUGGCGACAUAGGAUAUUACGAUGACGACGGAAAUGUUUUCCUUAUCGAUAGAAUAUCCGAGUUUAUCAUUUUCAAUGGUAUAAAUAUUUCGACCGCAGAAAUCGAGCAUGCCUUAAGAACUCAUCCCGCGGUAUCUCAAGUAGCGGUAAUAGGAAUACCUCACGAAACUGAUGGACAGCAUCCAAUGGCCGUCGUUUCUUUAUCAAAUGAAACGAUAACGGAAGAGGAGCUCCAUGAAUUGGUGGCAAACAAUCUACCGGAAUACUGCAAGCUUCGCGGUGGAAUUAAGUUCCUCGAUAAACUCCCGCGCACAGCUACGGGUAAAAUCGCGAAGAAGCAACUUCGAGAAAUGUUUGCGAAUUAAAAUACUGUUGCAUAUGUACAAAUAACAUACGCGCGCACACACACGCACACGCACUGUUAUCGUUACAAUAUAAUUUAUAAGAAAUAUUCAGACUAGCUGCUUAACAGUAAUAAUGUCGGCUAAAAGGAUAGCAAUUUUCAGUUAAGGUAUGUUAAAUAAGCGAAAACGAUACACUGCCUUCUUGCAUAAAGAAACGUUUCUCGUACAUACCAUAAAUCGAUUUUUUAAAUAAAUAAAUUUCA